AUGAGAGAGCUCCAUGCCUGGGGGAGGGAGAGCUGGAGCCUGGCCUCUCUGCUCUGGAGCUGUGAGGGCUGGGCUGAGAGAAGCUGUUCUGUCCUCAGCAUACUGGAGCACAGGCGACAGGAAACUGGAGCACAGGCGACAGGAAGCUGGAGCACAGGCGACAGGAAGCUGGAGCACAGGCGACAGGAAGCUGGAGCACAGGCGACAGGAAACUGGAGCACAGGCGACAGGAAACUGGAGCACAGGCGACAGGAAACUGGAGCACAGGCGACAGGAAGCUGGAGCACAGGCGACAGGAAGCUGGAGCACAGACGACAGGAAGCUGGAGCACAGGCGACAGGAAGUGGCGUGGAGCCGAGGGCCUCAGCCUUGAGCCUGCAGACACUUUUUUCUCUUCUGCGUGUCUGCCUCUCCAUCCCCACGAUCCUCAUCUUUUUGUGUGUGUGUGUGUGUGUGUGUGUGUGUGUGUGUGUGUGUGUGUGCUGGAACGCAGAGUCUGAGAAACAGAGUCGGGUGACGGCGUUGCUGGAGAGACUGCAUGCCAAACACAAUGCCUCGCGUCCGUGGCAGGAGACCGGCAAGGUGGUGCGCCAGGCAAUGGCCAGUCAAGCAAUGGAUAAGCGAGGUGGGAUGAACCCUACAGGUCACCAGUUGCUGCUCACCUGUUUGGAGACCCUGCAGAGGGCACUUAAAGUGUCAUCGCUCCCCGCCAUGACUGAUCGCCUGGAGUCUAUUGCUCGGCAGAACAUGCUGAACUCCCACCUGAGCCCCGAUGGGACGGACUGCUACAUCACCUCCGACCUGUUCUAUGUGGAGGUGCAGCUGGAGCCCACAGGGCAGCUGAAGGACGUCAAGGUGGCCCACCACGGAGAGAACCCCGCGAGCUGUCCGGAGCUGAUCCAGCAUCUCAGAGAGAAGAAUUUUGAGGAGUUCUCAAAGCAUCUCAAGGGCCUAGUCAACCUGUACAAGCUCCCCGGGGACAAUAAACUGAAAACUAAGAUGUACCUGGCUUUGCAGUCUCUGGAAUCGGACCUCACCAAGAUGAUGAACAUGUUCAGGUUAGCCACCAACGCCAACACCGUGGAGACCGUCCUGCACGGGAGCGUGGGCCUGUUGACCCCUCGCAGCGGAGGUCAGCUGGUGACCCUGCAGUGCUACGUGUCCCCCUACGACGUGUUCGAGGAGGGCACCGGCAACCAGCUCAGCUUCACCGACUCCAACAUCCCUCGUUCCUUGGGGGUGAGUGUGUCUGUGACCGUGGAGGGGACCACUGCCGUGUACAAGCUUCCCAUCGCCCCUCUCAUCACAGGAUCACACCCGGUGGACAACAGGGGGACCCCUUCAUUCUCCUCUGUGACCAACUCUAACUGUGUGGACCUGCCCGCCUGUUUUUUCCUGAAGAUAAAUCGGGCCAUGCCUUUCUCCUUCUCCUUUAUCCAGAGGAUGGGGAGUGCAACAGGUAUCCCUGUAUUUGAGACGCACCCCAAGUUGACCUCCCUCUACGAGCUCAUCAUCCAGUCCCAGCUGCAGGAGGAAGGAGAAACCCACCCCCACCCCUCCACUCACAACAUGCGCUUCUAUGCAUCAUUGCCAGGGCAACAGCAUUGUUACUUCCUGAAUGGAGAUGCACCGGUGCAGGACGGGUUGUCCCUCCAGGGGGCGCAGGUGUCCAGGAUCCCCUUCAGACACCCGGCACAGGUGCCCGCCCUGCUGGACAUAAUCCGACACCAGGCCGCCUACAACAAUUUGAUUGGCAGCUGCGUGAAACGCACACAACUCAAAGAAGAUACCCCAGGCCUGCUGCAGUUUGAGGUGUGCCCUCUCACAGACUCCAGUUUCAGUGUGUCCUUCCAGCAUCCAGUCAACGAGUCACUGGUUUGUGUGGUAAUGGACGUGAGUGACUCCAGGCAGGUCUUGUGUAAACUCUAUAAGGGACUAUCAGAUGCUCUGAUCUGUACAGAUGAAUUCAUCACUAAAGUUGUCCAGAGGUGCAUGUCCAUCCCAGUCACUAUGCGAGCCAUCAGGCGUAAGGCGGAGACCAUACAGGCCGACACCCCUGCGUUGUCCCUGAUCGCGGAGACUGUGGAGAUCAUGGUCAAGAAGAACCUGCCCCCUACUGGAAGCCCUGGGUAUGGCAUGGGCACCGGAGGUGACGGUAGCAACCCCAUGGGCCUCCCCGGAGUUGGGGGAGGGAGCACACCCACGGGCGGGGGCACCAGCGGAGGGGGAUCGUUCAACACGCUGUUCAACAUGCCCCGGGGGUCAGGAGGGGCAGGAGUGGACAAUAUGGGGCAGGUGGGAGGUGGCAUUCAGGGGCAGCAGCAGCAGCACCAGCAACAACAACAGCAGCAACAGCAGCAGCAACAAGGUCACGGCUCCGACGACUUUAGCAAGGUUACGCAGAACCCCAUCUUGACCUCACUGUUGCAGAUCAGCGGCAACGUCGGUUCAAGCCCCUCCACCCAGAACACCCCUGGGGGGUCCCAGCCCCCCCAGACCCCCCCGCCAACCUCUUCCCCUGCCAGCAACACCAAGAACCACCCCAUGUUGAUGAACCUACUGAAGGAUAACCCCUCGGCGGACUUCGCCACGUUGUACGGAAGCAGCCCCUUAGAGAGGCAGAAUUCAUCCGGGUCGCCCAGAACCGAUAACCAGGGCCAGGCCUGCCCCGGAGGACCUGGUACGAAGGGUAAAAAGAAGCGACCCCGAGACAAAGGGGUGGUGGGUCCAGGUGGUGUCGGUCUGAAGCAACAGCAGCAGCAGUCCCAAUCACAGCAGCAGCAGGCCGGUGGAUCCCUUCCGCAGCACCACCACCCGCACCACCCGACGGAGGAUGACUUCCACCGCGAGCUCUUCUCCAUGGACGUCGACGCGUCCCAGAACACAAUUUUCGACGUCAACCUGCCGGGUGACGGCCUGGACACCCCCCACAGCAUCACGCCAGCCCCCAGCCAGUGUGGGACCCCCCCGACCGGAGCCGGGAUGCCCUACCACCCCCAGUCCCACGUGCAGGCCUCGUCGCAGGCUCAGCCAUCCAGUAUGCGGAUGUGUCGACUGUCCAGCUCUGAUAGCAUAGGCCCUGACAUAAACGACAUCCUGUCAGAAAUCCCGGAGCAGGCCCCUAAAGGAAGUGGCAGUGGUCACGGGCAGCACCACAUGGGAGGGGAGGAAGGGGGGUCUCUCGGUACCCCUCCCAGAGAUUCCUCCAGCUCGGGGCAGGGUAGCGGGGUAUUUGACACGGACCUCUUCAACACUAACAGCAAUGAGAAUCCUUUCCCUGACGCAGCGGACCUCCUCGUCGAGGCUGCGACAGCGGCCACUCCCAACAGCGACACCUCGUCCACCAACUUCUUCCCUGACACGGUGGAAUUCAACCCAGAACUACUGACCGGCCAAGGAACAUUCUCCCAGAAUUAUUUUGACGAUAGCUCCCCCAGCCCAGACCCGGACUUAGACCUGAAGGGGUUCGGGGGAGGUAGCCAGCAGAACACCCCGUCGAGCACCCCUCAGAACCCCACCUCUCACGGCCACAGCACGCCUGACGCCUCCCUCAAGGACCCCUUCGACAUAAGCAUGGUGUUCUGCGGGAACAGCGGAGGGGGCAAGCCUCUUCCGGGACCAGCUCCCGAUUUAGGAGACCCCCACCCCUCCCACUCGGGAGGGAGCCCGAGCCCUCUUAUGGUGGGUAUAGGAGGAGGUGGUGGUGGUGAGUUCAAGAGUGGCGAAAUGAAGGUGAAACCGCAACAACAACAACAACAACAGCAACAACAGCAACAACAACAGCAGCAACAACAGCAACAACAACAGCAGAUGAUGAGGGGGAAGGAUGAUAACGGAGGAGGAGGAGGAGGAGGUGGAGGAGGGGUGGGUGGUGUGGGAAUGGGGAUGACUGGCAUGGGGGGCUCUGAGGUGAAGCAGGUGAAGCGGAGCCGCACCCCGUCUAGCGAGGGCAAGUCCAAAGACAAGCCACCCAAGCGCAAAAAGCUAGACCCCGAUAGCAAGUCACCCUCGCACAGCUCUGGGGGGCGACCCUACACCCCGCCCAGCGGAAGCAUGGGUUCGGGGGUCUCCAUGGGUGGAGGCGGGUCAAAGUCGCCUGGGAGUUCAGGUCGAUCGCAAACCCCGCCCGGAGGGGCCACCCCACCCAUUCCUAAAAUCACCAUUCAGAUCCCCAAGGGCACGAUAACAGGAGGGAAGACGUCCUCGCAUGGGGGUUACACCUCCAGCAGCUCAUCGGGGGGAAGCUCAGGGGGCACGAGUAGCUCGGGCGGAGGCAAGAGCCACCACUCACACUCCUCUUCCUCAGGGAAGAUCAAGAGUAGCAAGAUGGAAGGCUCCAUGGGCCAAAGCGGCAGCUCCAAACCGGUGGGUGGAGGGAGUGGCGGGGGCAUGCCCUCCCAGUCCAAAAGCUCCUCCCAGGGGAUGGGUGUGGGCAAGCCAGGCACCUCCCCCAUUACUAAGCAUGGAAUGUCCGGAUCAGGAAGUAGCGGAACAGGAAGUGGGAACAAGAUGAAACCUCAAGGCGGCAAACCUCCUGGGUCCCUCAUGAACCCCAGCAUCAAGCCAAACAUCUCUCCUUCCCACUCCCGCUCAGGGGGCUCUGAGAAACUCUCUUCCCCCAUGAAGCAUCAGCAAGGACAGGUUCCCGGCACCCCUCCCUCUUCUAAGGCAAAGUCCCCCAUAGGCUCAGGUGGGGGAGGUCCGGGGGCAUCCAAGUCCUCCUCCAGUGGUGGCAUGGGUUCCCAGAAGCAGAUGGGGGGAGGUUCCUCCUCUAGCUCCUCCUCUUCCUCUUCCAGUUCCUCAGCCAGCUCUUCUUCUGGGUCGAUUCCUUUUUCCUCAGGUAGCCAACCACAAUACGGCGGAGGAGGGGGGAGUGGUGGUGGUGGGGGAGGGGGAGGGGGAGGAGGAGGAGGGGGUGGGGGCAGUGGAGGGGGAGGAGGUGGCGGGGGAGGGGGAGGAGGGAGCAACAACCCCAACGCCAAAGGGAAGUCUCCCAGCCGCAAUAAGAAACCCUCACUCACUGCAGUGAUCGACAAGCUGAAAAAUGUUGGCGGUGUGGGUAUAGGCGGAGAGGAAGGCCCAGAGGGAGGCUGUGGAGGGGGUGGAGGUGUGCCCCCUGGUGGUGGAGGAGGGGGUGUGCCUCCCAAUAUGGGCCCCACCUCCUCCAAACAUAGCAUGUCCUCGCAGGGCGGGGAGUACAAGCGUGACAAAGUCGACAAGGAGGGCAAGUCCAAGGUGUCCGUCUCCGGAGGCAACAGCAGCAGCGACAAGAAGAUGAUGGACUCCAAAAGCGGAGGCGUGAGCAGCACUGGGGUUGCCAAGAUCAUCAUCAGCAAGCCGGAUGGGGGGUCCCCCAGCAUCAAGCAGAAGGUGACCCUCCAGAAGCCAGAAGGGUGUGGGGACGGCUCAAUGCGACCCCAGCACAUGAAGGCGUCGCCUCUCUUCACGGGCUCCACCCCUAAGCAUGACCGUAGUUCGCCGAGCCACAGCCGCUCACCGGGCUACACGCCGCUGAACCCCGACAGCGAGAGCGAGUCGGGCAGCAGUUCGGUGGCAGAAAAAUCGCACCAGAACUCGCCAAGCUCGGACGACGACCAGUCCAUGAGGCCCUGCCACCAGCCGGCACAGGACUACCUUAGCUCCAUGUCCGUGAGCCUCGGCGAAAAACACAAGAAGCACAAGAAGGAGAAGAAGAAGCAGAAAGAGAAGGAGCGAGAGCGGGAGCGUGACCGAGACAGAGACAGAGACCGUGAGCGGGAGCGGGACAAGGAGAAAAAGAAGUCGUCCAUGUCCUGCGGGCCGUCGUCACACCCCAUGAAGGCAGACAGCUGGUCCCGCUCGCCCAUCUCUGCAUCCGACCCCUCCAUGUCCAUGCUUGGGUCGGAGCGUACGUCCAGAUCUGACCCCUCGAUGUCCAUGCUCGGGUCGGAGCGUACGUCCAGGCCCAGCCCCGUCUACAUGCGCACCGAGGACGAUGACCUCAUGGACUCCGCUCUCACAGGCAACCUCGAGCCUUUUAAGUGAAGCAAAAGUUAAAAGGAUUUUAAACUUUUUUUAAAUGUGUGAGGCGCCUACCAUCAUGCAGAACUGCACAAGGCGUUUUUGAUGGGGACAUAUGCAUCCUGCUUUCAUCGCAAAUUCCUCGGUUUGCCAUUUGUAUCUUCUCAGAAAAUCAGGGUGCAGGAUGUCUUGUUCUCGGUGUCAGGAAGGGAAGGAUAUCCAGGUAUUUUUAAUCAAGCAAUUCUGAUGGAAGAUGGAAUGUUCACCAGGAUUCUAGAUCUGUUGUUCUAUGAUUCGAUUGAAUCCGUACUGUGAAGUGAUUUCCAAUGAG